AUGCCCGAAUCGCAGGACAGCAUCCGCCUCGCCAUCUCCCUGCGAGACGGCUCCCUCGACAAGAGCGUCCUCUUCUCCCUCUCCCAGAUCACGUCUCUCCCCCAAGAUGUGACGUCGGUGCCUCGAUCCAGCGACCUGCUGACGGACGCGGAGCUGCAGCUGACGGAGGAGUACGAUGCUACGGCGCUGUUGGAGAUGCUGGCGGCAAAGAAGGUGACGGCGGUUGAGCUUCUAUCGGCGUUUCGCAAGAGGGCCACGAUAGCCCAGCAGUGUACCAACUGCCUCACAGAGCUCCUCCCCGAGGCCGUCUACGACGCCGAGGCCUGCGACGAGCACCUUGCCCUCACCGGCCGCCUCAUCGGCCCCCUCCACGGCAUCCCCCUCUCGCUCAAGAACCAGAUCGGCGUCGCCUCGCACCUGACCAACGCCGGCUUCGUCGCCUGGAUCAACAACACCAGCCGCCACGACGCCGCCAUCGUCAAGACGUUCCGCAAGCUGGGCGCCAUCGUCUUCGCCCGCACGAACCAGCCGCAGGCCGGCAUGCACCUGGAGACGUCCAACAACAUCUACGGCACGACGGUGAACCCGCGCAACAGGCAGCUGACGGCGGGGGGCAGCACGGGGGGUGAGGCGGCGCUGAUGGGCAUGAAUGCGUCGGUGCUGGGCAUAGGGGGGGAUAUCGGAGGGAGCAUCCGGAUUCCCGCAGCCUUUAACGGGCUCUACGGCUUCGUGCCCUCACCCAGUCGCUUCAGCGGCAUCGGCGUCGUCGUCCCAACGCCCGGCCACGACGCCAUCGUCGGCACCCUGGGCCCCUUUGCGCGCUCUCUCCGCGACAUUGAGCUCUUCUGCAAGGCUUAUUCGUCAACACUUCCCUGGAUCGACGACGUCUCGCUCAUCCCCGGCAGCAUCCUGUCCUCCGCCAUGGGCCGCCAGCUGGACGAGACACGGCCGCUCAAGGUUGGGCUGCUGAUGGACGACGGCGUGGUUUCGCCUCUGCCUCCCGUUCGAACCGCCAUGCGCCGCAUCGCCGAGAAGCUGGGCCGCGCCGUGGACGUCCAGGUCGUGACGUUCUCUCCCAUGGAGCACGCCAGGGGCUGGAGCAUCAUUGCCGCCAACUACUUCGAGGACGGCGGCGCCAACAUCCGCGCCAUCUGCGAAAAGGGGGGCGAGUCCGUCCUGCCGCUGACCGAGUGGAUCAUCAACGAGUGCCAAAAGGGGAGAAAGGAAGUGGCCUCAUCGCCGGAAGGGCUCAAGGAGGCUCGCGACGCCUUCCGCCAGCAGUACAGCGACCACUGGAAACAGUUCGACGUCGACGUGGUGCUCGCCCCGAUAUACCCGAGCGUGGCCGGCCCGCACGGAGCGACGAGGUACUGGGGUUACACGUCCAUCUGGAACCUGCUGCAGUAUCCGGCCGUGGCGAUGCCGGCGAACAAGCUGGUGGGCGGAGCGACGGCGGCCGAGCUCAGGGAGGCGUACGAGCCCAAGAACGAGCUCGAGAAGCACUACUGGGAAAUCUACUCGCCGGAGGACGCCGAGGGUUUGCCGGUUGGAGUGCAGGUCGUGGGCAAGCGGUAUCACGAGAGGCUGGUGCUGCAGGCGGCGAGGGUGAUUGAGAAGGCGCUGUUGGGGAAGUGA